ACCGCCUAUUUGAACGGAUCCUUCCAAAUUUCUCAUUUUUCCUUAUUCCCCAAAAGCGAUGGAAACGCAAGAAGAGUGACACAAACCCAAUUGUUCGAUCCUCCUCUGCUAUGGACGACACCUCCCAAAUCCUAAUCACAGCCAACGCUACCGCCGAUCACUCCUUCAAUGACGACAUGGACGGAGAGGAUGCAGCAGAAGAAGACGACGAGGAGGAGUCCUGCGACGUGGAGGCAUGGGAAACCCUAAGCAAGGGCUUCAAGGAAGUCCAGUCGGUGCUAGAUCACAACCGGCGACUGAUUCAACAGGUGAAUGACAAUCACCGCUCCAAAAUCCCCAGUAGUUUGGCCAAGAAUGUCGACUUGAUACGCGAGAUCAAUUCGAAUAUCUCCAAAGUCAUCGGCCUUUACUCCAAUCUCUCAACGAAUUUCUCCAGCAUCGUUCAGCAGCGGCGCGCUGUCUCCGAUAAAGUCGUGAAGAAUGUCGAAUCUUGAAGUAAUAAUCCCCUAAAUCCGAUUUAAUCCUUUGCGUUAAUAUAAGGUUUCAGCUCUUGUGCGCGUGAGUAAAAUUGGUGU